CAGUGAGAUAUACGAAUAUGACUCCAACAUUGGCUGCAACGUUGGCUGUUUAGUGAGCGCCACGGGAACAUUGAGUUUCUCCUGGUUCUGUGAGACUGCCCCUUCGUUCUGCUCACUUGAGAAGAUGGGAAUGAGUCUGUCUUUUCGUCUGAGCAAGGAUGAUGACGACCCUUGUCAAUGGAAGCGAUCGCCAAGUUGGCGUGUGACCCCCAACGCUUGUCUAACGAAGCGGGAGAGUGGGCUGAAGGAGCAACUUUGCCAUAUGAGGAAGCGUUUAAAAGAGAGUGGCGAGGCAUCACAGGAGGUGUUGUCGCGUGAUAAUGAGGUUGUUGGUAUAUAUGAUGCGACGCAAUGCUGGCCAUAGUGGAAUAGAUGUCAUGGCAUGAUAAUAGCGUGAGCUUUCUCCCUGCGAACGAACCACUAAGUCGAGGUUCGCAAACGAGGAUUGUUGCAAAUUGAUGAGGAUGGAAAUUGAAGUCGCACUGGAAAAAUCCAUCAGCGCUUGAUGAACAGGGGUUGAUGCGAUGGGAUGGAGACGGAUGAGUUGGCGUUAAAAUCUAGCAAAGGCGGUGUUGAAGAGCAGAUGAUUUGGCAAAGGCAAUUGAAUUCAAUGGUGUAAGUUGACUUUAAUUGAGUAUGAUGAGUCGAUAAAUACUACAAGUAUGUAUCCGUGUAUUCAUCCAUGAAUAUCCAAUCUUAUCACACGUCAGUUGUCUUAAGCAUUUUGAUACGCCAAGGGGAGAUUAAAUUAGCAACUCACGGUACCUAACCCACCGAACGGGAACUACUGUACAGAGAGAGUAUUAGCGCCCAGAUUAAUGAUGCUAAACCCAACACAUGAAGCGUCUCCGAAUGACACAGUUGCAAGUUCCAGAAGCAGGAACAGAGGAAAACGCCUCAGAAUGAAGGCCACCUUGUGAUAUAUAGUUUUCCAUGACGCGUAUCAAGACGCGUAGACAGUAAAUCUCGUGGUGUUGUUUGUGUGGCUUAUGAGCAUAAUGUUGAGAGGGUAACGAACGAAAUAAGCCUCGAUGAUCAUAUGCAAAGACGAUCAUAUCAAGAAAAGAAAAAGAAAAAGAAAGGGUCCCUCACAUGUGAAAGACGGAAAGCAAAUCAUUCUUCUGCAACUUGAUUUGGUCUGAGAAGUGUCUCAUCACCUCGCCACAGGAGACGACGCAAGGCAACCAUUGACAGCCCUCUUACUAGUCUGUUCUCCAAGAGAUCAAUCUCAACAAUUCAUGAUGCUGCUAGAAGAUACUUGUGGCAUCACCUAUACUGUGUGUGAAGUCAUGUAGUUCUCAUCAAGUACAUCACGCCAUCACACAUGGCACCCGUCGAUGACGUCGCUCUGUGCCCCGCAGUGAGUUAAGCGUAUGAGCUCGAGGGAAUGGGAAUGGUAAAGAGGGAGCCGCCUCCACACAAGCUCCUGCUAACACACUGCUACUGCCUCGUUGCCUCGUCACGAUCUAUCACGGUGUCGUCAUUCCUGCUUUUUAUUUACCCUGCUCUUUAAAAACACUUGCUUGCCCUUUGCUACCUUCAACCUUCAACACAACAAGCUUGAUACCCCUCACUAACCACACCAAACCACAAACACGCACAACCACACAUUCAUCAUGUCUGCCAUCUCUACUAUCAACGUCAAGAACAUCGCUUCGUCCACUAGCGACAGCGAGAUUAAGGACUUCUUCAGCUUCUGUGGUAAGAUCGCUGAUCUCAAGGUUACCCAAGAAGGCGAGACCAAGUCCGCUGAGGUUAUCUUCGAGAAGGAGACUGCCAAGAAGACUGCUCUUCUCCUCAACAACACCCAACUCGGUCCUAACCAUCUUGAGGUCACCAGCGCUGGCGCUGAUGGCGAAGACGAUGUCCACCAAGCCACCAAGAACGCUGACCGCGACUCCGAUGAGAUCACCCAAGAGGAGAAGCCCCGCGCCCGCAUUCUGGCUGAGUACCUUGCGCACGGUUAUGUCGUAGGCGACGCCGCAAUCCAGCGUGCCCUCGACCUCGAUGCCGCUCACAACGUCUCCAACCGCUUCUUCUCUACCCUCCAGGGUCUCGACCAGAAGUACCACGCUACCGACCGAGCCAAGGCCACCGAUGAGAGCUAUGGUAUCACCCAGCGCGCCAACAGCCUCUGGCUCGGCCUCAGCUCUUACUUUGAGAAGGCCUCCAACACACCCACCGGCAAGAAGAUCGCCGAGUUCUACACCGAGGGCAGCCGACAAGUUCAAGAGGUGCACGCCGAGGCUCGUCGCCUUGCUGAUCUCAAGAAGGAGGAGCACGGUGGAAGCGCAUACAAGGCUGCUGGUCUCGAGAAGGUCUUCGGCAAGGAGAAGACCUCCGGUACCGCCGCUCCCGAGGCUGGUCAAGGCAGUCUUGGAACAUCAGUUCCUGCCGCCUCUGCCGACAACGUUCCCAAUGUGAGCGCUCCUGAGGGUGGUGAGAAGCACUAAGCUAUCGAAAUUGGGGAGACGUGAAGUAAUGAGGAAGCAAUGGGGUAUUUCUUGAGCUCUGAGGAAACAUUCAUGUAACGGCUUGUUGUAGCCUGCUAGUUAACGAAUUGUUACGACUUUUAUGCAUGUCACAAUCAAUAAAUUCGCGAUGAAUUCUGCCAACACA